AUGUUUGGCGCAAUGGUCAACGUGAACGCCAGCGAGCUGCGGUCUUGGAUUGCUGCCAGCCUGGCGGGCGCCGAGUACGCACGCAUCACGCCUGAGGGUGCGCCUGACGCGCGCGCCCGCCGCCUGCCACCCACGGCGCUCUGGGAGCUGGCAGUGCGCAACAGCGUCGCGGCGGCGACAAUGUUUCACUGCACGGUGGACGGCGGCGAGGACUACGUGCGGUACCUGGAGUCGCUGUAG